AUGGCGGACACAGCAACCCCAAUCGAACUUCCUGUCAUUGAUAUCUCCAACCCCCAUGACCCCGCUGUGGGGAAGGCUAUGCUGGACGCCGCCGCCAACUAUGGAUUUCUGUAUGUCAACAGCAAAGGCAGUGAUUUCACCGUGGAAGACGUAGACCAUGGAUUUGAAUUGAAUCGCGGUUGGUCUGGAAUGCAUACAGAAACCCUCGACCCUGAGCACCAACGGACCGGAGAUUUCAAAGAAGCCAUGAACUUCGGCGACUUCAAAGACGGCAAAGCCCAACAGCCUCUACCACUGUCCCUAGCUCCCCACGAAGGAGAAAUCAACCAGUUUGCAAAGUUCUGUAACAAAACAUGCAAUCGAAUUCUCACUCUCCUAGCUCUAGGUCUUGAGAUCGAAGAAGACUUCUUCACGACCCGCCACGAUCCCAGAUCUGGCCCAACUGGCAGCAUUCUGCGGUACCUGUUCUACCCAUCCAUCUUCUCACCAAAAACAGCAGCCUACAAGCACGACAAAGAUGUGCGAGCAGGCGCCCACUCCGACUAUGGAAGCAUAACACUUCUCUUCCAGCGCCCAGGCCAACCAGGUCUAGAGAUUCGCACACCAGAAGGUACCUGGGCGCCCGUUCCCAUUGUUCCAGGCAACGAUGCAGCAGCGUAUCCCUUCCCGCCAAUUUUGGUCAACAUCGGCGAUCUGCUGAGCUAUUGGACUGAUGGGUUGCUCAAGUCGACUGUGCACCGUGUUGUGUUCCCGCUGGCUGAGCAGCGAAGCCCAAACCCGCAGGAUCGGUAUACGCUGGUUUAUUUCUGUCAUCCGGUUGAUGCUACUGAGCUGAUUCCCGUCCCAAGCGAGGUUGUUGCGAGACAUCGCGAGGGACAUGGGGGAAUUGUUGGGAAGGUUGGAUUUGGGGGUGGUGCUGGGAGUUUGAUACCUGGAGACAAGCCUUUGACGGCCCAUGAACAUUUGAUGUCGAGGCUGGAGGCGACCUAUGGGUUCAGUAAGGAUGUAUAA